AUUCACAGUACUGUAGACUACAGUAUAUGAUAGUAAAGCCAAUGAAAGGAUAUUAAUAUUUAAAUGCAUUUUAAAAUUAUAGUCAAAUUGUUUGCAUUUAUGUGAACCACUAGCUAUUGAGUGACCACUUUUGCGGUGAUGUCUGCGACCAACGAGUCGUUAUGUCAACGAAUUUUGCACGACUUGAAUGUCAUAUUUAAAAGAGAUCCACAAAUUUUAGAGUUUGAUAUCAUCCCUAUUGAGGACUCGGUGUCCAACAAGAGUCCAGUCAUUCACGUCGAUCACCGAUUGGGUCUCGAAAGUUGGUGUGUCCGACAUCUAUAUCAAUACAUUUAUCAUAAGUUUGUCGACUUGAGGACAGCCAACAACCGAAUUGGUCACGACCAAAUAAAUGAAUGGACGCGAACACUACUUCUACUAAAUCCCGAUCUGACGACUGUUUGGAGCGCGCGCAAAGAAUUGAUAGAAAAUGGUUUCAUUAAAGUGUUAACUGAAUUAAGAUUUUCUGAAGUAUUACUGACCAGAAAACCCAAAUCGGCUGAUAAUUUUGCCCAUCGUCAAUGGCUUUUAAAAUAUUUUAUGAAAUCUGAAACGCUUUCCGAUGAAUUGAUAACAAAUGAGUUAAGAGUCACUUUAGACACUUCCAGUCGUUAUCAUCGAAAUUAUCAUUCAUGGAGUCAUCGUAUUUGGAUUAUUGAAAAUUUGUUUAAUAAUUCACUUGAUAAAUUAAACUGUGAACUAAUGAUAACCAAAUGUUGGUUAGAAAGUCAUGUUUCUGACUAUAGUUGUUAUCAAUACAGACAAUACUUGUUUCAAUACAUUCACAAACACUUCAUUUCGAUUACUGACAACAAUUCUGGUGUUGUGUCCAAUGAAGUGAAAAGCAAUUAUCAUAAACUUCUUAAACAAGAGUUGAAAUUAUUAAACGAUUUGCUGGUCUUAUAUACGGAUCAGGAAUCACUAUUUAUUCACAGAAGAUUUAUUUUAGUUUCCAUUGAUCAAUGGUUUGCAAAUGAGUCGACUCAACUAAAAGAGUCCGAAAAGAUUUUUAUUAAACAACAAUUGUCUUUAAGUCAUAGCAAUAAUACCUCAAAUCAAUGGCACUUUAUACUAAUCAACAGACAUAUAAAAUAUAUUAAUUGCAAAUUAAACUGGAAUUUAGACAUUACAUAA